AUGAGAGGUGGGAUAGUUCGCCCAAUAUGGGUCUUUAAGAGGUCUUUUAUGGGAAGUAAUGUUACCCGUUCACAUAUUGGGUCUUUACCCGUGUACACGACCCCGGAGACAAAACUUAGCGUCGCAGAGCUCAAUCCGGCCAGAAUUAUCCGUAAGGGAAACAAGACUUUGAAAUUGUCUCAGGUAUUCAGUGUUCAGGGUCCACUGGGAGAAAUUGCCAUGGAGGUACCAGAUUUUGUUAAUUUGAAGCACAGCCCCGAGGCAGGAAAACUGACAGUGUCGGUUCAAAACGAAACAGACAAGAUCCAGAAGUCAAUGUGGGGUACCGUGAGGAGUCAUCUUAAUAACCAUGUUGUUGGUGUUAACGAAGGCCAUAUGGCUGUGCUGAAGUUUGUAGGUACCGGUUAUCGUGCUCAGGUCGAGCAAGAAGGCCGGUUCGUGAGCGUCAAAGUUGGAGCCUCGGUGAUGCAAGGCCUCCCUGUUCCAGAGGGCAUAAAAGUAAAAUCUCCAUCACCUACUUCUUUGACCGUUGAAGGUUGUAACAAACAACAGGUUCUUCUGUUCGCAGCCAAUCUACGCAAAUUUCAUCCACCAGAGCCUUACAAGGGUAAAGGUAUUUAUGUGAACAAUGAAAAGAUCGUUCUCAAAGAUAAGAAGAUCAAAUGA